AUGAAUCAGGCUCGCCGAACGAUAUGCAUGGGUCAGGCGAUAUAUACUUGGAAGUAUAUGAGUUCUAAACGACAGCAAUCCGUCCAAAAUCGUUGUAUCCAAGGAAAGAUGCAACAAAAUGAUGAUGAGAAGCAAGCUAUGAGUGGACCUGUCUACCAGAGACCGGCAGAAACUGCAUCAGGAUCAUUCGAAAGACGCAAUGCCACCGAAGGGGAGAUUCUAAGUUAUCGCCACAUCCCCGACCAAGUGCAUACUGCAGUAUGGAUAGCCGUCUUGGUCGGUGCGCUCGAACGCUUCGCUUUUUUUUGCAUUACUGCACCUUGGCAAAAUUAUCUUCAGAAUCAGCGCGAGGAUCAUGCAAACCCAGGUGUUCUUGGGCUUGGCCAGGCCACUGCAACUAAUAUCUACAAUGGUUAUUAUCUGUGGGCGGCAGUGGCUUCUACUCCGAUUGGGAUUCUUUCUGAUGCCAAGCUGGGACGCUUCAGGACCUUGAUUAUCUCUCUUGUGAUCUACAUAUUUGGGAGCUUUGUUAUGCUUUUUACCUCGCUCCCUCCUGCGCUCGACCAUGAUGCUGGCCUCCCGGGUAUCGCAAUCUCCAUGGUCCUUAUCGGUAUUGGUGUUGCAGGAAUCAAGGCAACCGUAAAUGCCUUUAUAGGUGAUCAGUACGACAAUACCAAUCUUCAAGUCAUCAUGACCGCUAAAGGGGAAACUGUUGUGGUUGACCCAGCCUUGACCAUGCAAUAUAUCUAUAACAUUUUUUACUGGACGACCAAUAUCGCCGCGCUAUCCGUUAUUCCAACUACGUUUCUUGAACGAUAUGUCGGCUUCUGGGCAGCUUACACUAUGGGUCCCAUAGCGUUGUGUAUCGCUGUUGGGUUCCUAUUCUUCUAUCACAAUUCUUUUGUAAAAGCUCCAGCAGCAGGAAAUGUUUUACCAGAAGCGGCUAAGGCGUUGACAUACGCAGUCAAGAAUAAGUUUAAUCUUGAAGCUGCGGACCCCGUCUACCAACUUGAGCAUUUCAACCGGCACGUCAGCUGGAGUUCAAAUUUUAUCGAGGAACUACGUAGUGGGAUUAUGGCCUGUCAAGUCUUGUGA